AUGUCUAUUUUUCCGUUACCGCCUGUUGAUAAGAUGACAUUACGUGAAUGGAACCAUAUUACUGAUACAUUAGAAGACUGUAUAUCAUUUUGUCGAACACUUGGAUUAAUACCGUAUAGUCCAAGUGCGCCAUGUACGAACGGUCACCAUAAAUGGUAUAUGGGCAAAUCGUCAAGAGCCCACGACAAAUAUCAAUCGCGUUGUCGUGCAAAAGGUUGCAAGUUAACUCGAUCUAUUCGUGAUGGCACCUUCUUUUCCACGUCGAGAUUAUCAAUCCAGCAGUUACUCGAUUUAAUGUUUUAUUGGUCACAAGGCCUCGAUAGCCAUAAAGAUCUUCGACGUCAUUGUAAUUUAGCAAGUGAGUCUACCAUCGUUGAUUGGAAAAAUUUUCUUCGUGAUAUCUGCGCUGAAUUUUUUUUAAGGCAUCCGGGGGUGAUUGGUUGGAUUGGACAUGUGGUGGAAAUCGACGAAAGUUCAUGGACGAAAAGAAAAUACAAUCGUGGGCGAGUGGUACCAAACCAGUGGGUAUUCGGUGGUAUUGACGGAGACACCAGAAAAUGUUUUGCUGUCACUGUAAAUCGUCGUGAUGCUGCCACACUGUUACCAAUUAUACAACAGUAUGUCAGACCAGGUAGUGCUUUUCAUAUUGAUUCUCGUUUUUAUUCCAAUACACUAGCAGAAACAAUCAGGGGGUUGAAUUCUGACGAUCAGCUAUGCUCUAUCACUUCUAUCCUAUUCUAUACUAAAAAAAAUCGUCUCUAUUUUAAGGAUAUUAUCAAUGCCAUAAUUAGUUCGUGUGAAGCAAAUUUAGUUCAUCGUUGUUGGCCAUCAUCGACGUUACUAUUGCCAUUGUUUACAGACGCUUGCUGUCAAAUUGGUCAGCAAGCAUCGAUUGUCGAUGGAAAAACGGUAUUGUUGAAUGGACAGCGUUUAUUUACUGUAGGUUAGGUUAGGUUUUAUUUGACAAACAGUCAUGGGUACACAGUAGCACAAGUUUUUUAAACACAGCUAAUACAGAAAUGACUAGAAGAACAUAUUCUGCCGCGCACCCAUAUAACAUACUAAAAAUAAAAGA